AUGCCACGAUCUGUAUCAGAGAUUAUAACAGAUUUGUCAAACUUCAAUCCGUCUGCAACCGACACGACCCAUCGUUUAUCACAUGAUUGUUAUAUGAUAGUAGUUGGUUAUCUGGAGGGUAAUAAUAAAUUGAAAAUACUAGAGGAUAUGAUCAAAGCACGUGAAGAGCCCAUCUCAGAAGGAAAAGGAGCGGCUGCUGCAAGUAUCGGAAUUAUGGAAUGCGAAGAGGUCGAAACGAUUCUGGAAAAUAUUACAUUGAAACAUAGCACCGAAGAAUUGAACGACGCACGUAAAGAACAUUUCGUUUAUGAAGAUCAUUUCAAUCUGACUCUAUGUGAAAAGAUGGAAAAUAGUGCAUCUUUUGCAAAACUGGAAACAAUAUGCCGGAAAUAUGAAGCAGAGUCAGAAAUAAAUGUCGAUACCGUGAUGGAAGAGCUCACAGAUCGCGCUGAUGGAACAUACAAAUAUUUUCUUGAAAGGGGUUUAUCAGAAGACGAAGCUCGCGCCUCAGCAUUCGCUAUCGCAUUUUAUACUGGCUCGAGAAGUGAAGCAUGCAGUCGAGGCGCCAGUCUUGUUGCUCGUCGUGCCAAUGGCGUAGCUGUCGAGCAGAGAACCAAUAUUCCUUAUUAUUGGGGCUAUGUUACGCGGGCUUGUCAACUCAAAGAUCAUGAGCUAGCACUUUACACACCCGGUGAUUUGAUUACAUGGCUUCAAUUUAGUAGUUCAAAACGAGGCAAAGAAGUUGCAACCGGUGGUUUUGAAAACCGCAAUACUCAAUUCAAAAUGUAUUCCCUAACAGGUCGUCGUAUUCAAUUCUUUUCCAACUAUGAUCAUGAAGAUGAAGUAUUAUUCUUACCUCAUUCAACAUUUCUUGUCUUCAAACAUGUGACUAGUCAUCAUGGAGAGCAACAUACGAUCUAUAUGCGACAAGUUGAAUUGGGUCUAUCAACAUGGUCAGUGCUUUGGGUUGACAAUCGUAUAUUCGUUGAAAAUUGGGAGAAUAAGGCUCAUAUGGAAUAUGCAGCUGCAAAGGCACUAAAUAUGAAUGUGCACUUUAUUCCAAAAUCGACUACUGAAUAUGCAAUUUCAUUCCUAAAAUCACCAUUUGGACAGCGACUGAAAAAUAAAAAUACAUUUCGUAUUGUUACCGAUAUGAAUCGUGAAAAUGAACGACCUGUACAUAAUGCAGGAGCACGUCUCAUCAAAAAAUUACGACAACUUGGGUUUCAGAAUCAAUGCCUAGUAUUUACCAAUAACAAGCAGAAAGGAGACGAAAUUAUGAAACAGGAAAUGACCGCCCAGGAGUUACAGAAUACCAUCGUGACAGUCAGUGCCGACGAUCUAAGACGUUUCGUCAAUUUUCAGUAA